UGAUGGGCUAUCCUACAUUAAGGCGUGUGCUGUGUUUGCAUAUUUGAUAAAACGAAUGGAGACACAGGGCAGAGAGAGAUAAUACGCGAAAAGCAGAGGAGUGGUGAAAAUUCAUCAUUCUCUGUGACAAAUAUAACAUGAUCUAUAAUAUUCAGAAUAUUCUUAGGAGCAGGCAAUGAAAGUGUACUCUAUAUUUGUGUGAAAAUAAGACAUGGAAGCAAAAAUAACUUAAUCUGAAAAUUUAAUAAAAAUGUAAAAGAGACCUUUCUCAUGCAACCCUGAGUUAAGCAAUACGAAUGAGUUCAAAAAGCGCAAUAAGAAGAAAAUUUUUGUGAUAACGCCAAGUAACGUUAAUUGACUUGCAUUUGAAAUUUAUUUGAAUAGGCUAGGAAAACUCGUUUAUUACAAGUGCAGCGUGUAGAAUAUCAAACUCAUAUUGCACUUAACAGAUAAGCCGCUUGCGACAAGUUGGAUUGUGUCUGUCAGCAGCAAUUGGGUUAUUUGUCUUGUCGAAGGUUAGUAAGCGCAGUUCUGCUGGUGCAUCUUGCAGUGAGCGGUAGCACAAAUGCUAUUCGGAUGUAAGUAUGACCAAUCCGAAAAUAAAAAAAUCAAAUAAAAAAUCUAGCGAGGCUAUUGUAAAUGUGCAACAUCAACAAAAUAAUGCUGAAAAUAAUGAACUGCUAAAUGUGCUUAAUGACUCUGAUGAUGGUGUAGAAUUGAAUUUAGACGAUUACUCCUUUGGAGCUUCAUCUAAUUCUGAAGGCUUAGGGGAAGAGGAAGAUGAAGCUAAUUCCUGCUCAUCCUUCAGCUUACAGGAAUGCAUAAAUGAAUUUCGUGCGAGGCGUAUACGUCGGUUAUCCACGCAAAGCCGUGAAGUAACUCAAGUCGACGAAUUAGCGAGUGGAUUUGUAACAGAAAAAAAUGAAACGAAAACUUUCCCCGAUCCAGCCGAUGCCGAUUUGAUAAAUCAGAACCGUUCUAACAAAGAACAUGAGCGCAAGUGUAAACCCUGCCGUGAUGGUUUCUGUUACUGUUUUACAAGUGACAGUGGCGAAGGGGGUGGUAUGUGCAAUGCUGCAUCAGCGAGCACACGUGCCGCACACGUGCGACAUGCAAGACGGCACAGACGUUCAGAUUGUCAAGAGCCCGGUACAUUAAUGCCACGGUCCAACACCAAACCAGUGGACAAUGGGAAUGGUGGUCCAGUUAGCUUCAAGAUGCCUACUGAAAAAGAGUCUCAAGCCUUGCCAAAAAAUCCCCCUAAGCAAGAAAGAACAAAACGGAACUUCACUGCUGAAGCUACUUCUAAUGCAAAAGAACUUACGGCGAUCAGUCGGUUAGAGACCAGUGCGCCAGACGCCCCAUUAAUACAUAUCAUCCAAGAGUUGCAUAACAACUGUGUAAUAUCUGAAGUACGCGUUAACAAACACAAACUGCAAGCUAGUCGACAACAAAGUCAAAGUUUAAAUAUUCCCCAAAUAACCAAAUCGUCGCCAGAGAAAGUUACACGCACACAAAUGACUCGAAAUAUGUGUGAGCCUACUGCACCACCUUUAGAUAGUUGGAAUACGGCGAAUAAACCAGUUAAAAUGAAAAGAGAAACGUUUGCUGGUCCAGUUCUAGAUAAAAUAAGUGAAUUUGAUUCCAUGUCUGAUGCAUUCGCAUAUUCAACACCACUCACAAGCAGUUCAAAACAUACUGAUAACGGUCGACGUAGGCACAAAGGCGGAGGUCGUUUGCUGCAAAAGCGGUUAAGCCUAUCAUCAGUGCAUUAUAGACCACGUCGAUCACUGCAUGCACCGCCACCUAAGCCGCCCCGCACUUACUUUUGCUUAGAGGAAAAAUCCACUGUGUCAUCCCUAUCUUCCACUUCGCCUUCGUUACGUGAAGCUGAACGCAUACUCGAUGAGUUCUUGAUAAGAAAAGGUGCAAUGGUAAGAGAUGCUGAGAAACAAAUUGAAAAGCGCAAUGGAAAAGUGGACAAAGCUUCUCAGGUGGAAAUGGAGAAGGUGUUGUAUGCGUCAGAUAGGAGACGACAGCAACGAAAAUCUUGCCCAACGAGCUUGACCGAAAUAACGCCGCGUCGAUUGCCGAUCUUACCAUCUUGCCCCUCUCUCAGCGAUCUCGAACGGUCCGCUAUGGAUUCCACUAAGAAAUAUUCUAAUUAUGAAAAAAAUAUACGACAAAUCGUUGAAAAGCCCAUAAAAGAACUCACAUUCGGUUGGAAAGAGCCUAAGAUUACUGAAAUGCUCAAUUGUGACACUAACGUUAAGAAGCGACAAUUUAGAUCACAAGCAGUGCAGGCUGAACCACAACAAACGAUUGGUUGGCAAAUACCACCAAAGGUGGAUCUCGACACCGUCGAUGGUGUAUGUUCAAAUUUGGCUGCGAAUAUUGCCACUAAAGACACACCUGUCAAAUCACCGCCCAUUUCUACGCCAAAGAGGGCACGCGAAUCACAAAAGUUUGUUUGGCGCGAACAAUGGCGUAAUCUCUCACCUUGGUGUAAUAAAAAAUCCAAAGGUGGUGAUCGAACCUUAAAAAGUAGCUUGAAAUCAUCAUCACGCGGACUUUUGAACAGUUCGAAGAAGAAAAUUUUACGUUUGGUUACGCCCAAACGUGAUAAUUUGCAGCCACGUAGGAACUAUUCAUCUCACAGUGUGGGCAUUCAAACGUCUGCAGAUGAGCUGCAGGCCUAUGAACCCAGUGUUACCCCACAAUCGCCACCAGGCAGCUAUCAUUCUGCUGUUCAAACCUCAACGCAGACUACAACUCCUACCUGCUCACAGAAUACCAAUGAAACCGAACCACAGAGUUUCGAUUUCUCUCGCAAAGUUCAAGCGCCUCCUAAAAAAGCUCCACGAGCAACUACGUCACGUAAAUUGAAUUUCCCACUUGGUGGCUGUACGGAAGGAAACUGCACUUCUUGCGACGGUGGCACACUUAGUACGUCUAUGAAGACGAAAACUUAUCGUUCGUAUCAUGGCGAUUUGGAUCAGGACGUGACGCUUUCCAAGUUGGGUUACAUACUUGGGAAUAUACGUGCAAAGUUGGAGGCCAGUGAUGAACAUGCGGUGCGAACUUUUGAGGAAAUUGGAAGGCGUGAACAGCGCGCUGUUGGGUUCGACUGCACAGAUGGGCACCAUCGUCACCAGAAAACGAGUUCAGCGGCAAGACAGCGACAAGAGAAGCGCAAUAUUUACCAACAGGAGCCGAUUUAUUCCGAAAUUGAAGAAGACAGCAUACACAUAACAGGCACUCCGCAAUAUGACAAUACAACCAGUGCCAAAGAACUGCCAGUUAAACCGGAUGUAGAAGUGCUAUAUGCCAGAGUUAACAAGGCUAACAAAAAGCCAAAAUCUCAGUCACCGCAAACAACACCUAUCGCCUUGGGAAAGCUUUUACAUGAUUCCCUGCGCAAUUUAAACACUACUUCGCGUGCCAACCAAUUGCCAACGCUGCAGGAAUUGUCAGCCAGCGACACUUCGUACAUGUCGCCGCCGCAACCACAUGUCAGCGCUUCAGACACUUCGAUGACGCUAUCGCAUUGUCAGUCGCUUAACAAUGUGCGCAUGCAGGAGCAUCAUUCACCACCAAAACGAGAUCGGAAUUUGAGUAAAUCGGAUCUGUCAUUACAUCGUAGUGAAAUAUUUUUAGACAAUCUUUGUCGGAGUGAACUGAUAGCGGAUCACGAAAACGGCGAGCGUACUGAAAAGAUAAAUAAUAGUGUUCUCAACAAAUCUGGCAGUUCCUUGCGUUCUGAUUCGAUGAGCCACAUAAAUACUUAUCGCCAUUUCUCAACUUCUACUCCAACUCCAAAUGAUUCCAUCUCCUAUGACACGCCAAAUGAUGCGGAUUUUGAUAACGUUUCUCAGGCCGCAGUUAGUCAAUUAGAGUUAAGCUUGGCUAGCGAGUCGAUGACUUCGGUUGCACAGAACACACCUAACAAGCAAUUUGCUCCCAAAUUUACGACUAAGUCAAAUUUAAGCACUCAGCGCUCGUCCAGCUGCAACCCUUCCAGCGAUAUUGCCUUUACAUCGCCUUCAACUAGACAUCAGCAGAGCAGUAGCUGCCCUGCAACACCAAGAAAAGUGCAAUCAGACUUGCAGACACAACUACCACACACCUCUAGUCUCAAAGAAAUCCAUCAAAUACUGGAAGAAGAUCAACAAAGCGUUGUGGGAGAACAACGAAAGUAUUCCACACCAAACACCAGCACUUAUGGUGACAUACCACCAACCAACCACGCACAAAGCUGCAUCGAAACACCCUCCAGUAGCAAUAAUUUUGCACGUUAUCAACGUUUAAAGAACGCCUUGCGAAAAUCCUUUAAGCGCAGCACAAAAUUUGUCAAAAAAGAAACACAACGUCUGUCCAGCUCCUUCAGUUUUCCCACGCCAAAUAUUGCCUUAACGAAAAGCAUAAAUGCGCACAACCAAACCGAUCCACAGCUACAAAGCACCACUUCCACAUACGACCUAGACACUUUGUUCGCAUUGGAUGAGCAAGCGCCAGUGGUGGAGCAAUUGGCGCAAGCAGUAACUAUAUGCCGACAACUGCCGGAGGUUGAGAUUUCACCCGAAAUGGUGGAAGCUGAACGUUUGUUACUUUUCUCACGCCUCCGGCGCGAUGUGUGGCCACAGCGGCCGCUGGCAGCGGCAAUGAAAGCAGCGACGCGCGCUGCUGAGCAACACACGCAUCGCUUCUACAUAGACGGCAUGCGUUUGCCGGUCAAAGUGGAUGUCAAUCAGGACUUCUUUUUCAAUUACUUUUAUAUAGUGACUUUUGAAUGUGGUGGUGUCAUAAAAUCCACACAAUCCGUAGAGUGUCACAAUGGCCAGGCGAUAUUUAGUGAAUGUGGCAUUGAAUUCGCCAGUGGUUUGUCGGAAGAGGAUGCUGUUGUGCGCUGCGAUGUUUUUAUGUUGCGCUUACGCAAAGUGUCGACACUAUCACUCGAGCCGAAGCGCGCCGUAGUGAAACUCCCCACCGCACGCACUCCCGGCACAGCGUCAUCCUCUUCGUCUGCAGAUGAAAUCGUCUCGCGUUUCCGUCUGCACGCCAGUUUCACUGUGAACGCUCGCAAUUUUGUGCCUUAUGAAUAUGUGGCCUGUGAAACGAAGCACACAAAUAAACUUUGUUUGCGUGCCAGCACUCAAAAUUGCCUGCUACCUUUGACACCGCGCACAAAAUCUACAAAUCUCUGCGCGGAAAUUCAAUUAUGCGGCCGUGCCGAGAUACGUUUCCCCAAACACACCUACAGCGGCUUCCUGAACGUGCAAGAUCCACAUACCCAACAUAAUUGGAAUCGCCGCUGGUGCAGCCUAGACGGCUUACAUUUGAGCGUGUGGUCGGAUGAAAAUCAAAUGGAUGACAAACUACUGCUUACGCUGGAUAUGCGUACGAAUGUGCAGACCAUGCCACUGCAGGCGGCUUCGCGUGAGCUGUGUGCACGCGCUCGCUCCUUCUGUUUGCAGUGCGCGCUGCAGAAAGCUGGUGAAGCGGUGGAUACCGCGACUGUCUUUUUCGCUGCGGACACGCAAGAUGAGCUGGACGUGUGGUUGGCGCAGUUAAACGAAGUGCUGGCAUUUGUGCAUAAGUGGCUACGUGGGGUUGACGACAUUAGCGGUUAAAGCAGGCCGUGUUGCAUAGCUGGUGCAAAUGUUUGCAUGAAUUAUAUUUGUUAGUUGAUUCUUUUGCUAUAACUGCGUAUAAAUCAUUUAUUGUGGUGUUUAGUGUAGGCUUAUAAAAUUUUAGUAGCUGUAUGUUCAAGCAUAUUGAAGCCUGCUACAUGGAAAUAUAGUUUUUAUAU